AUGGAAUUUAAUUUCAACAAAUAUAGUAGAUCGACGAUCGAUUCCUUGGGAACACCAUACGAUUAUGGAAGUGUCAUGCACUAUGAUUCGAGAGCCUUCAGUAGAAAUGGACUGCCAACUAUUGUUGCAAAGAAAUCACGGGUAACGCUUGGAAACUGCCGAGGCCUGAGCAAAAUUGAUAUUCUUCAGAUUAAAUUGCUGUACAAAUGUCAAGGAGGCGGCGGCAGACCAGACCCUCCCCUCCCUCCUCCUACGAAUAAACCUCCAGGUGAAUGUCGCGACACUGGAAAGUACUGCAGCUACCACGUUCCACGUGGAGACUGCAAAAAAAUGGAGAUUGUUAGGAGGAUAUGUAAAAAAAGCUGCGGUCUGUGUCCAGAAGGAACUCCACCACCGAACACCGAUCCGCCAUCUCCACCACCACCAGUUACCGACGCACCUCCUCUCCCAAGCACAGAGAUGCCACCUUCCCCCCUCCACCAGAUACAGAUAUGCCACCCACCCAACCCCCAGGUAACGCUUGGAAACCGCCGAGGCCUGAGCAAAAUUGAUAUUCUUCAGAUGAAACUGCCGUACAAAUGUCAAGGAGGCGGCGGCAGACCAGACCCUCCCCUCCCUCCUCCUACGAAUAAACCUCCAGGUGAAUGCCGUGACACUGGCAAGUAUUGUAGCUACCACGUCCCUCGAGGAGACUGUGAGAGAAUGGAUAUUGUCAGGAAGAAAUGUCAAAAGAGUUGCGGUCUAUGUGGUGGAGGAACCCCACAACCACCAAACCCGGACACUGACAUACCUCCACCCCCCUAA